CAAGUCGCACGACUGUAAACAAAUAAUCCAAAAUAUAGCAAAAAAAAAAAACAAAAACUGUCACAUUUGUUGUUUUGCCGUCGUCGUCGUCGUAGUAGCAGCAGCGUCGUGCUUCAGCUUAUCACCGGUGAAUUUAAAGUGAGCAACAACAACUACAAUUAGAAAAAAAAAAUGUCAACAAAAUAUACACACGCAAUUGUGGCCAGAAUCUCAAGUGCCUUGCUGGAGUCGGGCAACUUUGAUGUACAAUUGGCAAAACAACAACAUGAACAAUACUGUGCAUUAUUGCGGGAAAUUGGACUCGAUGUCAUUGAGCUGCCACCGGAUGAUGCACUGCCUGAGGGUGUCUUUGUGGAAAGCAGCGCUGUCAUUUGCAACGGCGUCGCCCUGAUCGGACGCUCCGAGAAUCCUAAGCGUCAACGUGAAGCCGACAGCAUGGCCAUUAUACUCAAGAAGGAGCUGGACAUACCAGUCAUAGAAAUUGAAGAAUCUCAUGCACUACUCGAUGGUGGCGAUGUGCUGUUCACAGGUCGCGAGUUCUUUGUUGGCAUCUCUAGCUUUACAAAUGAGGAGGGCGCGCGUGCUGUGGCAAUGGCCUUUCCCGAAUAUCCUGUUACACCCAUUAGAGUGAAUAGCAACAAACGCUUAAAAUACUAUGUUACCAUGGCCGGGCCGGAUGUGCUUUGUGUUAGCACAAGUCCCAGUUGCCAGGAGAUUGUUAAACGCAUGGAGCGUGAGGCUAGUUUCACCUAUCAAAAGUUAACACUGCCCGAGGAGAGCGCAGCCAAUAUGAUAUAUAUUAAUGGCACUAUUGUGCAUAGAUCACCCAUGGAAAUUCCAGAAGCUUACAAGACUUUAAAAGAGAAAAUUGACAUUCCAACACGUAAUAUAAACAUUAGCGAAUUUAGCCAAUAUUCCAGUGGUUUAUCCUCCGGCUGCCUUUUGCUGCGACGCUGGAAAUCUAUACGGAGCAUUUGAACCUUAACCUAUAUGGCUUAAGCAAAAUAAUGUUAUUUAUUUUGUACGCAACAAAACAAACACGCACAAUGCGCUAAUAUUAAUAUUAUAUA